AUGUUUAGUGAAGAAACAGGAAAAGCAAUCAUAACUGUUCCAUUAAGAAUUAAAAUUAUUAAACAUGGUUUUAAUCAUUUCCAAAAUAUCGAAGGUCCUUUUCUGCCGACUAACAAUCUUUCUAUGAACAAAACUUGGUUCUUUAAAAUAUUAGGAAUUGGUCACGGUAAGCAAAAUAUGCGUUCAUGGUUGGUUUACAUGCCUUACAAAAAAUCUGCCUUUUGUUUUUGCUGUCUUCUUUUUUCAAAAUGCGAAAACCAAUCUAGUUUGGAACAAGAAAGCGGAUUUAAUCAUUGGAAAGCCCCUGAGAGAAUGAAUGUACAUGAAAAUUCAAAAAAUCACAGACAAUGCUUUACCCAAUGGAAAGAGCUGGAAAGAAAUUUGUUUUACAUUAGAGGAAUAAUUGAUGCAGAACUUCAACAACAAAUUCAAAGAGAAAAUCAAAAGUGGUGUGAUAUUUUGAAAAGGUUGUUGCACUGCAUCAAAUACCUUACAAUGCAAAAUUUAGCUUUGCGAGGACACCGAGAAUCACUUCAAUCAAAUGCUAACUCAGGAAAUUUACUUAGUUUACGGAAACUAGUUUCCAAUGUUGAUACUGUUAUUAAAAAUACAUCCACUGUUCGUGCUAACUUGCUUGAAAAGAUACAUAAAGCAAAGUAUUAUGGGCUAGUGUUUGAUUCAACUCCAGAUUUAGCCCAUUGCGAAAAAAUGUCUGAGGUAGUUAGGUAUGUCGAGAUCAAUUUUGAGCAAAAAACAGUUUAUAUAAAAGAAUCUUUUCUUGGCUUUAUCCAACUCAGCGAUAAGGAUGCAGCUAGCUUAAACAAUAUUGGAGCAAUCAGAAAAAGACGAUAUAAAUGCAUGUCACAAUGCUAUGACAAUGCUGCUGUUAUGGCUGGCCACUAG